AUGCCAAGAGGAGGAGGAGGAGGAGGAGGAGGUGAAAUCAGGGAUAAGUAUUGGAAUGUCAUACAUCAUAUCAUGUUUAGCAAGAAGUUUGAUGUGAAGAUCAAAUUCAAAGGGCAGUGUAGAGUUUGGCAUUUGCGCAUCAGCCCUCUCAACAAUGAUAAGGAGUUUAUGACUAGAGAGUUGACUCCUUUUCCUGAGCCAUCUGAGAGAGAACAAAGGGGGCAAGAUGAAGGUCAGGAAGGUCACAUGGAAAUUGAUGAAAUUCAAGAGUCCUCCGAGCCAUAG